AUGAACUUAGUUGAUAUUAAUUCACAUUUACCAUGUCUACGUCAUUCAGCAUAUACUCAUCAACAAAAUCGACACAUGUCGAUUAGUAGAAAUUCAAAAAAUACUCAUUCAUCAUUAUCAACAUAUUCUUCAAAAAAACUAGAUUCAAUUCCAUUAUUAAUUCAAUUAUGUUCUCAUCCAAAUGAAAAUUAUGCAUAUCGUACAAUGCGUACAUUACUUUCAUCACGUUAUUCUAAUUCACCAAAUGUACAUGAUGAAUUUGGUUGUAAUGUACUUAUGUAUACUCUUCGAUAUCAACGUUAUAAAUUAUUUCAAUUUUUAUUAAAUGAAACAACUUUCGAUAUUAAUCUUCAUGCAAAAGAUCAACAAGGUAAUACGAUUCUUCAUUAUGCUAUUUUAUAUGGUGGAAAUGAUACAUAUAUAAUUGAUAAAUUAAUUGAAAAAUAUAAUAAAUUUUCUAUUGAAAUUGACGAGAGAAAUAAUUAUGGAUUUACACCGUUACUUUUAGCUGCUUUUUGUGGACGAUAUGAUUUUGUUUUGACUUUAUUAACUGAAACUGAUGCAUCACCAUUUGUUCGUGAUCAUAUUCAAUUUAAAAAUAUAUUUGAUUAUAUUGAAAUCGAUAUGAAAAAUAGAGAAUUUAUUAGUCAAUGUCAAAAUAAUCGACAAUCUCCUCUAUCGAAUCUUGAAUCAAAACGUUUACGUGCUCAACUUCAUCAAACUAUUCAUUCUCGACAAGAAACUUCAUUUCAAAUGAGUCAACAUAAUAAUAAUAAGAAGAAUUUUUUUGAAACUAUUUUACCACAAGCUAUUGAAAAUGAAUCAAAUAUGUUACGUUUAUCGAUUAUGGAAAUGCAUGAUUUUGAAUAUUUUUAUUCUAGUUUGAGACAUCUUUUGAGCUAUUUAAAACGACGAUAUCCACGUAUUAAAACUUUACAAUUACUAGAAGAUUCACAAGAUAUUACAAGAACAGAAAAAUUUGCUUUGAAACGAGAAAAUUCGAAAGCAAAUGUUCAUCAUAUUUUAAAUUUAUUUGAUCCUAAUUUAAGACCCAAUGCGAUACCAUUAAAAGCACCUUCGCAAAAAUUAUUGUCAUCAACAAGAAUGCCUAUGACAUUUAAACGAUUGAGUAACAAAAUAACAACACUUGCUGCUUUUUCUCGAGUACAAGUCAAUAAAAAACGUUCUUCACUCCUAACAACUGAUAUCAAAUAA